AUGUCUCACGGUAACGUCUGGAACUCUCGUCCCCGCACCUACGGCAAAGGCUCCCGUUGCUGCAAGGUCUGCAACCACGUUGCCGGUCUGAUCCGUAAAUACGGCCUCAACAUCUGCCGUCAAUGUUUCCGAGAACGGGCUGCCGCCAUCGGUUUCGUCAAGAACUUGCACAGAACUGAGGCCCGAGUGGUACCGCUGCUCCACGGUUCAUCUGCUCGUUGGGCAACUCCAAAGACCCAUCAGCCCCAGACUCUCCUGCAGAGCCGCCUGCAUGGUCCUCCUAGUGAAUUAAGGGCAGAAACAGACCCGACUUCUGCUACUCAGGCCUGA